AUGAGGGGGGUCUCAGCAGCAGCAGCCGUGUCCCCCGUGUCCCAGGGGGUCCUCAGCAGUCCCCACACGUGUCACGAGCACGAGUGGCCUCAACCCCCCGUGGCCUUUGUCCCGUGUCACGAGCACGGGGUGUCUCAGUGUCCCCCGCAGCCCGUCCAGCGCUCGGCGUCCCCCGCGCGUCCCUCCCGGCUCCCGCUGUCCCCGGAGCUGGCAGCCCGUCCUGGCCGCGGCGCCGGAGCGUGUCCUGCGCUGGCCCUGCAGCCCCGGCGAGGCCCCUCGGCUGGCAGUGACCCUUGUCCCCGCUCUGGCGGCGGUGCCACGGCGUCACGUGGGGCACGGGCCACCCGCGGGGCCACCAGAGCCGCGGCAGCAGAGCCGGGAGCGGCCGCGGCGCCGGACGGAGCCAUGGACGGACAGACGGACAGCUCGUGGCUGGGAGCCCCCCUGGAGCAGUUACCCACGCCGGCGCUGACCCUGGACCAGGCCACGCUGCGCGGGAACGCCGAGAGGAUGCGGGAACGGUGCCAGGCCCUGGGGCUGCGCCUGCGCCCCCACGUCAAAACRCACAAAACCCUGGAAGGGGCGGAGCUGGCCACGGGCGGGACCCGCCGGGGCAUCGUGGUGUCCACGCUGGCCGAGGCGCGCUUCUUCGCGGCCGGGGGCUUCGAUGACAUCCUGUACGCGUUCCCGGUGCCGCGCUGGCGCCUGGCCGAGUGCGCGGCCCUGGCGCGGCGCCUCCAGGCGUUCCAGGUGCUCCUGGACAGCCCGCAGGGGCUGGAGCUGCUGUGCCAGAACCCCCUGCCCGGCGGGAAGCGCUGGCUCGUCUGGCUCAAGCUGGACUGCGGCAAUGCCAGGGCCGGGAUUCGUCCCACGGAUCCCGAGGCGCUGGCCCUGGCCCGCGCCAUCGCCGAGGGCUCCCCGGAGCUGGUGACACUGGUGGGGGUCUACGCCCACUGCGGCAACACCUACRGCUGUCGCGACAUCCCGGCCAUCCAGGCCAUCGCCCGGGACACCACCGCCGCCGUCCUGGAAUUYGUCACCGCGCUGCGGCAGGCGGGSAUCCCGUGUCCCCAGGCCACCAUCGGCUCCACGCCGUCCUGCAGCCACCCGGUGCCGGAGAUGGCGCAGCUCACCGAGGUGCACCCGGGCAAUUACCUCUUCUACGACCUGCAGCAGACCCAGCUGGGCUCGUGCCGGCCGGAGGAGGUGGCGAUCCGCGUCCUCACCAGGGUCAUCGGGCACUAUCCCCACCGCGGGCAGCUGCUCGUGGACUGCGGCUGGGCCGGCCUGAGCCUCCACGGCMGCGGGCACGGAGCGCAGGGCUGUGCCGCCAUCGAGGGCCACCCCCAGCUCAGGUUGGUGGGGCUGACCCAGGAGCACGGGCAGGUGGAGGCUGUGGAUGGGAAGCUGGACUUCGAGAAAUUCCCGGUGGGAAGCAUCUUGGCUCUCAUCCCGUACCACGCCUGUGCCACGGCCGCCAUGCACCCCGUGUACUUCGUGCACAGCGCCGGGAAGGUGGUGGAGCUCUGGCGCCCCGUGCGCGGCUGGUAGAGACGAGAGAGCGGAGAUCCCGGGGGGACGCGCCCGCACCCGGACCCUGCACCCGCCUGGGGACCCUGCACCCACAACGUGACCCCGCACCCACACCAAGGUCCUGCACCCUCACCAAAACGCGGAACCCACAAGAUCCUGCGCCCACACCAAGACCCCACACAGUCCCUGCUCUCCCACUGACACCCUGAACYCCCCAAAACGUCCUGCACCCAAUCCCAGUCUGUGCACCGCCGCUGGAGUCCCACAGCUGCAUCAAAACCCUGCACCCACGGCCAGGUCCUGCAUCCACGUGGGGUGCUGCGCCCACUCCCACACCCUGUACCCACUCCGAGUCACUCCACCCACCCACCCCACGUGCUGCAKCCACACCGGGGCUCAAUAAAGCUGCUUCUCCCGCUUCCAGGCACUUAUUGCCCCGUGGCAGGGCCGUGUGUAGGCGGAGGAGGGGAGRGGUGACACCGCCCCCCGAUGCCCUCGAUCCCAGUUCGGAUCAGUGCGGUCCCAGUUCGGCCCGGUCCCGGUGGGAGCGCCCCAGGCGGGACUCGAACCGGGGAACUCCCGAUCUGCGAGCAGCGGCGCUCCCCGCCUGGCCACACCCCCGGCCGCGAGCAGCCAAUGAGAGCGCGCCCCGCCCGGCCCUGCCCGGGGGAGCCACGCCCAACCCGGCCCAGGCGCGGCGGGGCGGCCGAGGGGAGCCGAGCGGAGCCGAACCGGGGCCGGAGGGAGCCGAGCGGAGCCGAAGUAAACCGAACCGAGACCCAGCGGGGCCGAACCGACACCGAGCCGGGCCGAGAGGAGCCGAAGGAAACCGAACCGGGACCGAGCGGAGCCGAGCCGGGACCCAGCGGGGCCGAACCGGGCGGAGCCGGAGCGGUUCGGCCCGGUUCGGAGGGGUUCGGCCCGGUUCGGAGCGGUUCGGCCCGGUUCGGAGCGGGGGUACCGGGCCGGUCCCGGUCCCGGCGAUGCGGCCGCUCCCGGUGCCGCUGCUGCUGCUGUUGCUGAGCCCGGUGCCGGGGCGGGGCGGGGGGUGCCCCCCGUGUCCCCCCGGUGUCCCCG